UCACAUCAGCUCCGUGUUUCUUUUGUUUUCUAUGAAUCUGAGAAGACACUGACGAUGGAGUUGAAGAGUUAGUAGAUGAAGCUGGUUGAUCAGAAUGGCUGGUUAAGAUGUUCUCAGAAUACAGGAUUCAUCCAGCUCUGCUUCACCUGCUUUACUGUCUGCUGUGCUCAGCUGGAGAAGAGGUUGUCAGACUGCAGGAGCUGGAGGGAAACACUGUAACCAUCCAUACUGGAUUAACUGGAGUUCAGAGUGAUGCUCAGAUACUGGGGUUUUAUGGACCUGAGAACGCAGAUAUAAAGAUAGUGAAUAGUCUGGUGUUUAAAGGGGAGACUAAUACAGAUUAUCCCAGUGAGAGAUUCAGAGACAGACUGCAGCUGAACAGAACCAGUGGAUCUUUAACCAUCAGGAACAUCAGCAGAGAAGAUUCUGGAGUUUAUAAACUACAGAUCAUUACUGAGAGAACUUCAGUCUGGAGUUUCAGUGUUGAUGUCUAUGCUCCAGUAUUAAAGCCAGUCAUAAGAAAUCAAGCUGAAAAGCGCUCAGUGAGUCUCAGAGAGUCGUGUUCUCCUCUAUGCUCUGUGGAGAACGGGAAGGAUGUGAGUUUGUCCUGGUAUGAAGAGAAAGAGAGAAUCUCCAGCAUCAGCAGCUCAGAUUCCAGUGAACAUCUUUAUCUUCCUCUGAAUAAAACCAACCCAGACUGUUCUACUUACACCUGUGUAGCUGCUAAUCCAGUUAGCACCCAGACAACCCAGCUUGAUAUUACAAACAUCUGCUGUAAGUCAGUCUCCGUUAAGAAAGCUGAGGAACUUCCCAAAUCACUGGCUGCUCUUCUGACAUCUGCUGGACUGAUUGCUGCUCUAUCAAUAUUAUUUGUGCUGUACUGGACAAAGACGUCAAAGCAGCAAGUUUAUCAGUAUGUUAAGCUGAAUUAUGCUGAAGUGAAAAGCACAUCUCCGUAUUCAGACGACGAUCAUAAGAAAGGCAGUGUUGGAGUGACAGAGGACGAGCGCACUUUGGUGGUGUACUCAGCUAUAAGGAUGUAACCCUGCAUAGGAUUUUUGUUGACUGCUUUAUUCAGUAUCUUGUAACAGUGACCUGAUGUUUAGAUAAUUUACUCCGUUUCUGUAUCAUACUAUGUCAAGUAAGCUACAAAAUGUUAUAAAAAAUUACAUUUCUAUUAAUUUUAUAAUAACCAGUAUAGACUUUUGUGUACAUGAUAGUAAAUGUAUGAUGUGAAUGUAUGAGAUUAAACAGUCGUGCAAGGUAUAAGAAAAAGAAAUAUAUGGUUUGUGAUGUUAAGCUUGGUCUUCUCUUGUAGUUUUGUUAUACUAUUGACUUUUACCUUUGGGCAGAGAUUGAUCUGCUUAAAUAGUUUGAAACCUUCUGAAAGUAAGCACCAGUUUUAAAUCUAGCCAGGAAAACAGAGACAAAAUCAUGAGAAUAAACAGCGCUAUUGAGAACCA